AUGACUUGCGGUAUCUCGUGUGUGGACAAUGCGUUAAACAAAUCCUUCUACAAGCUCGGGUUCUUCAUCGCCAAGCAUCCGGGCUACUUUCUGAUCGUGCCAGUCCUGCUGGCUCUGCUCUGCAUGACCGGCUACCAACAGAUCAAGUACGAAAUCGAUCCCGAGUAUCUGUUCUCACCGAUCAGCGGCGAGGGCAAAGCGGAACGUGCCAUCGUCGAGAACUACUUCAAGGUCAACUAUACGCACCGUUUCAACGUCGGCAGAAUCACCAGACCGGGACGCUUCGGUCGGGUGAUUGUGGUCUCGAAGGACGAACACAACAAGAACCUCCUGCGACGCGAUGUGUGGCAGGAGCUGCGCCUGCUGGACGGCAUCAUCCAGAACGCAACGGCCCAUUUCGAGGGCGAAACGUUCACGUACCGCGAGGCGUGCGCCCGGUGGGAGAACGAGUGCUUCGCGAACGAUAUUCUCAACCUGGAUAAGAUCAUCGACGAGGUUGAGGCCGGCGAACUGAAUCUCACCUUCCCGGUAAUGUUUAACCCGGUAACGUGGGAUGCGCACGUGUUUCCCGUGUUCUUCGGCGGCACGCAGGUGUCGGAGGACAACAUCAUCAUCUCGGUGCCGUCGCUCCAUCUGGUGUACUUCGUGACGGCGGACUCGAAGCGCCAGGAUGGUCGCGGGGCCGCCUGGGAGGAAGCGUUCCUCGACGCGGUCGGCUACGCCGAGGACAACGGGCUGUUCCAGUACAUCUCCGUCGCACGGUUCGCCUCGCGCACCCUCGACCACGAGCUGGAGCGCAACACGCGGACCGUCGUGCCGUACUUUGGCUCCACCUUCCUGCUGAUGAUCCUGUUUAGCGUGGUGACGUGCAUGAUGGGCGACGUGGUCCGCUCGAAGCCCUGGCUCGGCCUGAUGGGCAACGUGUCGGCCGUGAUGGCGACAUGCGCCGCCUUCGGACUCGCCAUGUACCUGGGGAUCGAGUUCAUCGGAAUCAACCUGGCGGCACCGUUUCUAAUGAUUGGUAUCGGUAUCGACGACACGUUUGUGAUGCUGGCCGCCUGGCGGCGCACGUCGGUGAAACUGUCGACCCCGGAGCGCAUGGGCCACAUGAUGUCCGAGGCGGCCGUGUCCAUCACCAUCACCUCGCUCACCGACAUGAUCUCGUUCUGGAUCGGCAUCCUGAGCCCGUUCCCGUCGGUGCAGAUCUUCUGCGCGUACAGCGGGUUCGCCGUCUGCUUCACCUUCCUCUGGCACAUCACGUUCUUCGCCGGCUGCAUGGCCGUGUCCGGGCACUGCGAGGCCAAGAAUCUGCACGCCACCUUCGGAUACAAGGUUCUGCCGGAAUCGGUUGCUAUCAAAGAAAAACGAUCAUGGCUGUAUCGGAAGCUGAACACGGGCGGAAUCAAUCGGGACGACCCGGACAACCCGAUCGACAACCGGGAGCACGCACUGAUGGCGUUCUUCCGCGACCGUGUGGCGCGCGUGCUGAACAAGGGCUGGACGAAGGCGAUCAUUCUGCUGAUCUUCGCGGCGUACCUCGGCGGGGCCUGCUUCGGGCUGACGAAGAUCAAGGAGGGCCUGGAGCGCCGCAAGCUCUCGAAGGCCGACUCGUACUCGGUGAAGUUCUUCGACCUGGAGGACGACUACUACCGCGAGUUCCCGUACCGGAUACAGGUGAUCGUGACCGGGGACCUCAACUACUCCGAUCCGCACACGCAGAUGCAGAUCGAGGAACUGAUGCAGUCACUCGAGAACACGUCCUACGUGACGUCACCGCUCUACAGCGAGUCCUGGCUGCGUUCGUUCGUGUCGUACGUGGACCGGAACAACGACUACCUUAACUUCACGCUGGACAGUGAGCAAAGCUUUAUCGACGCGCUACGAGAGAUUUGGCUCUUUCCGGCGAAUCCAUUCUCGCUAGACGUCAAGUUCGACGAGGACCAUACGAAGAUACUGGCGUCCCGGUUCAUGAUCCAGGCGGUCAACAUUACCGACACGAACCACGAGAAGGAGAUGGUGAGGGACCUGCGGCAGAUCUGCAAGGAGUCGCCGCUGAACGCGACCGUCUUCCACCCGUACUUUGUGUUCUUCGACCAGUUCGAGCUCGUCCGGCCGACCUCCAUCCAGUCGAUGAUCGUCGGGGCGCUCAUCAUGAUGCUGAUCUCGUUCAUCUUCAUCCCGAACAUCCUCUGCUCGCUCUGGGUCGCGUUCUCGAUCGUCUCGAUCGAGCUCGGUGUGGCCGGCUACAUGGCGCUGUGGGACGUGAACCUGGACUCGAUCUCGAUGAUCAACCUGAUUAUGUGCAUCGGGUUCUCGGUCGACUUUACGGCGCACAUCUGCUACACGUACAUGUCGUCGAAGGCGCGCACACCGGACGAGCGGGUUAGCGAGGCCCUGUACAGUCUCGGCAUGCCGAUUCUGCAGGGCAGUACCAGCACGAUCCUGGGCGUGAUCGCGCUGCUGCUCGCCGACAGCUACAUCUUCCUGGUGUUCUUCAAGAUGGUGUUCCUGGUGAUCUUCUUCGGUGCGAUGCACGGGCUGUUCCUGUUGCCGGUGCUGCUGUCGCUGUUUGGGCCCGGAUCGUGCGAAUCGCACUACCUGCCGGACGACGAUCACAAGCUGUCGGCGGUCGAGAAGUCGUACCCGCACCCGUACUGCAUCUCGCACCCGCAGCUCGCGCUGACCGGGGCCUUCGGUAGCAAGAACUUCCUCGGUGCCCCGUACAAGGCGUACGGCGAGGACAAGGACCUGGGCAUCGGGACGUCGGGCGAGGAUUCGAGCGAAAGCUCCAGCAGCAAGUCCCAGCGUCGGCAGGCGCUCGAGGACGAGAACACGCGGCGCCGGUACGAGGAGGGGUGGCGCCGCUCGUCCCACAACCUAACCGGCCCGAGCCAGUUCCAGCCCAUGCUCGAUCUGUACGGCCAGGAAGCGCUGUGGACGAAGACGACCGGCAAGGUGGUCCCGCUGAAGGUCGCGAACGGACGCUACGGCUACGACGACAUGCUGCUCAACAUGGCGCAGGGUCAAACGAGCACGGCCAAGAAGCAGCGCGCGACCGAGUUCGAGGUUGACCGCGGGGUCGAAGAGCGACGCGAUCGCCGGAAGUCCGAAACGGAGGAGCGCUACAAGUCGCGCUACGAGUCCGACAACCGGACGUUCGAGGACGACGAAAUGCUGGACGACACGGAGUACCAGCACACGAACAGCCGUUACUACGUCUACGACACCAGCCACGUGAAGCGUCUGGCGGCCCCUGGCGGCGGCGAAAGUGGUGGCCACGCACCCGGCAGCGGCACCAUCGGCGAGCCGCACACCAGUGGCACCACCAACCAGCGGCGAAAGUUUUCGGACGAAAGCGACAAGCGGCGCCGGCACAGCGACGAAAGACGGCCGAGGAAGUUCUCGCCGCCCGAGGGCAUCUACAAGCAGAACCCGCACCGCUCGUCCUCCCAGCACAACCUCUACUACCCCCGGCAGCCGCCGCAGCGGACCGCCUCCCAGAGCAGCCUACACCAGCUGCGACACAUGGGCGACAUGAGAUUUCCCUGA